AUGGCAUCUAAAGCCCACAAUGUUAGAAAACAGAAAGUAUUGCAUAUUGAAGGUCGUCCUAUUGAUCUUCCCAGAAAAAGAAUCUCUUCUUCCACCAAAGAGAUCAUGAAGGAGGGUAAGAAAUCUCCAAAACAGCUGGCUUUGUACACAAACAGAAUAACAGUUGGAAAAACAGUGACCAGUCCCCCCUCUCCUUUCAAAGUAGUAUAUUGUAAAAAACAAGGUCGUUGUUGUAGUCCAAAGCCUUCUUACAGAAAGAAACAGUUCCCUAAAUCUAGGGACUGGGACAUGGCAAAUAAAGAAAAUGAACUGGCUUGCGCAGGGAAUCUGCCAGCAAAACUGCACGACAGUCGUACACAUCUGCUGAAUUCUAGUGACUCUGGAUCAUCUCAGACAGAAGGCCCCUCAUCCAAAUAUAGUGGAUUUUUUUCAGAGGUUUCUCAGGACCAUGAAACUAUGGCUCAAGUUCUUUUCAGCAAGAAUCUGAAGCUGAAUGUAGCUUUAACCUUUUGGAGAAGGAGAAGUAUAAGUGAACUGGUAGCCUACUUAGUGAGGAUACAGGAUCUGGGAGUAGUAGUAGACUGCCUUCCUGUGCUUACAAACAGCUUACAGGAAGAAAAACCAUAUAUUUCAGUUGGCUGCUGUGUAGAUCUCUUGCCUCUAGUGAAAUCAUUGCUUAAAAGCAAAUAUGAAGAAUACGUGAUAGUUGGUUUAAACUGGCUUCAGGCUGUCAUUAAAAGAUGGUGGUCAGAACUAUCUGCACAUACAGAAAAGGCAGAGGAUAGAAAUAUUCAUAUUCUAAAACAACAAUUAAGUGGAUUAUGGGAACAGGAGAAUCACCUUACUCUCGUUCCAGGAUAUACUGGUAAUAUAGCUAAGGAUGUAAACGCUUAUUUAUUCCAGCUACACUGACAUGAUUGGGAAACUGUGUGCUUCUGUGGUGAAACAAUCCCCUAAAGUAGCCCUGAGAUGCGUUCUAUUUCUGAAAGCCUUUUGAGAAACACUGGCAGAAGAGAACUGAACUGCCAAGCUGAUAAUGAAACCACUAACGAAAUCCUAACAAUCUACUUCAUAUUGAAGUGGAAAAAUCUCUAGUAGGAGCAACUUUUACUUCAGUGAGGUGAAAGUGCACUAUGAAAACUGUAUGCCUUUGCUGCAUUUGGGAUUCACUCAGUUACUAGGUCUUCAUUUAAAUGCUACUGUAUUUUACUACAACACUGCAUAAGAGAAGAAGAAUUCUACUGCCAUGAAGACAAGACAGCAGAACCAGUUAUAAAGAACCAACAAAAGCAAUCACCAUUAAGAGCUUUUAAAUGCUUCUUUCACAAGAGAACUCCAAAAUGCACAGCUAUCUUCCAGUUACGUUAAAGAACAACUCUGGACUAUUCAGUUACUUCUGUGUUUUAA